GCGGCUGGGCCGAGCCGGGGCCGCGGCUCAGAACGGUCCCGUGUGCGGCCUGGACAGGGACUGGAUCUGGACAGCAUUCUCCCUCCCGCACUUGUGUCUGUUUUUGUGUGUGUGUGUUUGUGUGUGUGAGUGUGUGACUGUGUGUGCGCGCGCGACCGACCGCCGCGAGUGACCCAACGGUAGUGAGACCAACACCGCCGCCACGAUGGAGAAGAAGCUGGAGGCCCAGCUGGACGCCGAGUCCAUGACCGCGGUCAACGUCAAGGAGUACGCGCCGUCGGAGGCCUUCAGCAGCGCCGAGCCCCCACCGGCGUACCAGCGACCCAAGUCCACCGUCGUGCAGGUGGCCAGGAUCGCCGCGGUCACCGUGGUGCUCACCUCCUUCAUCCUCGGCGGCUUCAUCUUCGCCGCCGCCUGGGUGCAAGCCAACUCGGCCUGCCAGGAUGCCCUGAACGAGCAGCUCGCGCGCAUGCCCCAGCAUGUGCCUCUCGCCGCGGCCCAAGGCUUCGAGCACGACAGCCACCCGCCCCGCCAGGGCAGGCUCUUCCCUAACCUCCCCGAGGGGCCGGCAC